AUGUCGAUUAAUUCAUCAACUCUACUUGAUAAUGUUAUUAAACAAGUUAAAAGUUUGAAUAGACUUGUUACAUUUGUUAUCGCCCAACCAAUUUAUCAAAAUAUCAAUGAAAAAUACAUAUGUGAUAUAACUCGAACUAUAUUGAUGCACAAAUCAUCUUUUCGUUCAGUUAUGCUUCGUUAUAAUUAUGAUUACUUAGACAUAUCAACUUAUACUUCAAUUGCUUCGAAUUUCAUAUCACUUGAUUUGUUAAUGUCUGGCUCACUGAAUACAGUUUCAGUAUAUUCAAUUUUGCCAAUUCUUCGUGUUUGUCAUAGAAUACGGUGUCUACAUGUCAUAAUAAAGCAACAAAUUGUAUCUGAAAAUAAUAAUUUAAAUGUUUCAAUUUACGAUCCAUUUAUUAAUAAAAAUGAUCUUCCUAUAUCACCACAAGUGACAACUUUCGGUUUAUCAACAUUUGUUAUAUGUGACAUUCGUUCAAUCGCUUAUAUCUUACGCUGAAAGCGUUAUGUUCCUUCAAAUUUUGUAUCAAAACUCGUCCAACGUUUUCCAUCACUUACUGAUAUUGAACUUCAAGUGUUUUCAUUCGAUAAUUGUGUAUCUACUAUUGAUAUAUUACUUAGUCAUCUAAAAAACUUGUCUUAUCUUAAUAUUUAUUAUAUUCAAGUUUCAUUACUCGAUCAUUCCUUUUCACAUAAUUAUAUUAUUAAUAAACGUCGUGAAGCAUUUGGUUUUAAUACUAUCGAUGAACAUAAGGUUAUAGCUAGCAGAAAUGUAGAAUCUGUAGAAAGUAGAUUAUCAUAA